AUUACGUCGUUGCCCACCCUCUAUAGUAUGAACUUAAUCAGUAAUUUGUAAUGGUAAUAUAAUUGUAUAUUUAAUAUCAGGGAAAAUACUAUUAACCAAUAAUGUUGUAACAUGUCCUGUCAAAAUUGUAUGUGUUGGCUAAGUAACUAAAGUAACUAAAGGGGCUAAAUAUUUCUCACAGCACUGUGUGGUUCAUACAGUAUAGCUCUAUAUCCUACAGUCAGUGACAGAACUGACGGAACCCCAGAGCCUGCUGUUCUAUAGUGAUGUCAUACUGAUGAUGUCACAGAGCCCCAUAGAAAGGGGUGGAGUCUCACUCAUAGAUUAAAGCUAGGUUCGCUAGUUAUAACUUAUAAAUUAAAGCUAGGUUAGCUAGUUAUUUAUAACAUAAAUUAAAGCUAGGUUAGCUAGUUAUAACUUAUAAUACACCACACUUAGCUAAAGGCCAAGCUCAAGCCCAUUAAUUCCCGCAAUUUUCUCAAAAUAACGCUUAUUUUAUGUUUAUUUUAUGGCUGAAAGGAAUCUUGCACUUGCUUUUCGCUUGGUCCAUUUGUUUUGGAUGUGUGUCCUAAAACAUGGUGGGCGCUACUCUGCAUACAACGCACCAUUACGUCGUUGCCCACCCUCUUUAAGUAUAUAAGCAAUAACUUAAUCGGUAAUUUGUAAUGGCAAUAUAAUGGUAUAUUUAAUAUCAGGGAAAAUACUUUUAACCAAUAAUGUUGUUACAUGUCCUGUCAAAAUUUUAUGUCUUGGUUAAGUAACUAAAGGGGUUUAAUAUUUCUCACAGCACUGUGUGGUUCAUACUGUACAGCUCUAUAUCCUACAGUCAGUGACAGAACUGACGGAACCCCAGAGCCUGCUGUUCUAUAGUGAUGUCAUACUGAUGAUGUCAUAGAAGCCUAUGGGCUUCUAUGACAUCAUCAGUAUGACAUCACUAAAGGGGUGGGGUCUCACUCAUUGGCUCAGUUUAGGAUUCGACAGUGUGUGAGACGCAUUCUUACGACAUUCUCGUCAGUGCUAACGUCAUUUAAGUCUUUAAGACAACUGAAGAGUUACAGGUUCUACAUUACUGCUUUUUUCACACAGGACAAGGCUAAAAAUGAAUACCCCGGGAGUGCUGAAGAGUUUAGGAUACGAGUUGGUGGAUUUCCUCGGUAAAGGGAGUUAUGGUGAGGUUAAACUCGCCAACUCUAAAAGGCACCAGAAGAAGGUGGCCAUCAAAAUAAUGCACCGAAGACUUUCGCCAGGUUUUUUUGUGCAUAAGCUUUUGCCACGGGAACUACUCAUCCUGAAAACAGCACGGCACCCACACAUCCCCCAGGUGCACGAGAUCUUUGAGAUGCCCAACGGUCAGGUGUUCGUGGUGAUGGAGGCCGCCGCAACCACUCUGCUGGACAAGAUCCGGGAUCUCGGCAGUGUUCCUAUUGGCCAAGCGAAAAUCUGGUUCUCGCAGCUCCUCAGCGCUGUGGAGUAUCUGCACCAGCAGGACAUUGUGCAUCGGGAUCUGAAAUGCAAAAAUAUCCUGCUGACGGAGAACAACCAGAUUAAAUUGGCCGAUUUUGGAUUAGCGCGAUUUUUUAAAGGCCCCGACCUAAGCGAGACGUUUUUCUGCACCCCUGAGUGUGCUCCGCCGGAGGUUCUUGAGGAAACGCCAUACGAUGCUAAAAAGAGCGACGUAUGGAGCCUGGGCGUCAUCUUCUACGCCAUGGUCACCGGAACCAUGCCCUUCAAAGGAAUCUCCUUGAGGGCUCUUGUAAAAGCCCAGAAGAAACCAUUAGCGUUUCCAAAUUGGAUCUCGGUGGACGAGAGCUGCAAGAACUUCAUAGAGUAUAUGCUGCAGCUCGACCCGUCCGCUCGGCCUACAGUGACAGAAGUGGCUAAUCACCCUUGGCUGCAGACCAAUCAAGAAUGGUGUCUGGAAAACAAGUCUGAAACUUCAGAUGAAGAUUUGGAGGAAGAGGACGAGCAGAUAUAUUGCAUACUGCACAGAUCCAGCUGUCUUCCCUCCUCCACAGAAGAAUGUAGUGGUCCGAUCAUGAUUUAUCCUUUAAAGGAUAGCAGCGGAGAGGAUGAGGCUGAUGAUGAUGAAGAGGAUGACGAAGAAGAUGAUGAAGAUGAUCAGGAUGGAGGAACGAUUAGCAGCGAUAGUUCCUCAAGUGAUGGUGAAGAGAUUAUCUCUGCACCAGAGGAAGAAGAGGUUGCAGAGGAGGAGGAGGAGCAUGGCUGCCUUAAGUUCAGCCCAAUUCGUUCAGCGGCUAAACGAGUUGCGGCACCGAUCCUCAGAGCUUCUCGGACUCUUCAUGAGCGGAUGAGGAAGAUAUUUAAGAUCAAAUCUACGGCACACUCCUCCUCCUCUACACCGGAGACAUCUUCAGACGUCUCGGAUCAGUCUGGGCUGGAGAUGAAACCCAUUGAAAGCCAGAAAACCAAGAGGCAGCGGUUCCCCAAAUUUAAGAUCCCGAAGAAGAUAAAAACGGUUCUACCACUGUAGACAUAUGCAGCACGGUCUGCGGACAUUACGAUCCCAAAGGAGACAAGAAAAAUGUAUCACCCGUUGUAGUCGUCCAGAGCAGCUCCGGGUGAUGAUAGCCAACUGGAUUUAUACAUUUUUUUAGUCAUUAAGUUGGCUUGGAAAAGCUUAGAAAUGAACGCCCAUGUACGUCACAAGUUUUUGACCAGAGGAGGAUGGGUCCCCCCUGUGAGUGCGGUUCCUCUCAAGGUUUCUUCCUCCAGGAGGGAGUUUUUCCUUGCCACUGUCGCCUUUGGCUUACUCACUGGGGGUUCUGUGUUGUAUAACCGUCUUCAAAUGAUAUAUUUUUGGACAUUUCUUGUCAUUAAAUAAAAAUACCUAAAAAUA